AUGACACCCAAGGUUUCAAAGGAGCCCAAAGCCAAGCAGAGUCCUGCCAAGUCAUCCAAGAAGAAAGGCGCUACUGCAGUCAAUCCCCAGGUCCGUUUUCUCUGGACCUGCAUCGAAUGCAGCCUCGCUGGCAAGGAAGGCGGUGGUGCCGGGAUCGACUUCGCAGCAGUUGCCGAGAAACUGAAUAUUCGGAAGGAGACUGCCAACAAGCGUUUCUCUCGUCUGAAAAUUUUCAUGAGGAAUAUGGAUUCAAUGGAUGAGGAAUCAGAGGACGAGGGAUUGAAAGAUGAGGAGGUGAAGACCGAGAAGAAGACACCCCCGGAGACCGAUCUCAACGAUCUCGACGAUCUAGUUUCGCCUCCAUUCAAGCUUGAGCCUCUCGAGAACUAG